UGUGUGUGUGUGUGUGAGAGAGAGAGUGUGUGUGUGUGUGUGUGUAGGGGAAGGGGUGGUAUGUGUGGGUCAGGUCACUCGGGGUGAAAACCCUCACCAGCCCCCUCCCCCACACGCUUGGCAGGAGUGGAAGAUAAGGCUCAGGGCCACAGACAUCUGCGUCAGAGAUAGGAGGUCUCAAUGCCAUGGGCAGGGGCCACUCUGGAUUGCAGGGCGUGGGAAGGACUGGGGAGAUCAGGAUGAGAAGGGUAGAAGAGGCCCGGUGGUGGGAUGCUGAGGGCAGAGUGGGGAAGCAGGGGGCAGACCCUGACAGAAGGGGCACAGGGCAGGGAGCGGGUUCACAGUUGGCAGGGCUAGGUGAACUAUGUCGCCCCAUCUGCCAUUCCUGCUCCUCUUGCUGCUGUCCCCAAAGAGUGGGCAUGGCUGCCAUGGGCCAGAGCUGGACCGGGCACUUGUGCUGGCCAAGGUGAGGGCCCUGUUCUUGGAUGCUCUGGGGCCCCCCACACUGGCCGGGGAAGGCGGGGAUCCUGGAGGCAGGCGUCUGCCCCGAAGACAUGCCCAGGGGGGCUUCCUGCGCAGGGGCUCUGAGCCCAGGGAGGAGGAGGAUGUCUCCCAGGCCAUCCUUUUCCCAGCUACAGGUGCCAGGUGCACGGACCAGCCAGUGGCUAGAGAGCUGACCCCAGAGGCAGAGGACGGCCUCUUCACAUACGUGUUCCGGCCAUCCCAGCACACGCGCAGCCGCCAAGUGACUUCAGCCCACCUGUGGUUCCAUACGGGACUGGACAGGCGGAGCAAAGUGGCUUCCAAUAGCUCUGGGCCCCUGCUAAGCCUGCUGGCGCUGUCAUCGGGGGUCCCCAUGGCCGUGCCCAUGUCGUUGGGCCAGGCACCCCCUCGCUGGGCGGUGCUGCAGCUCGCCCCCUCUGCCCUCCCUCUGCUGACCAACCCAGUCUUGGUGCUGCUGCUCCACUGCCCUCUCUGUUCCUGCUCAGCCCGGCCCGAGGCCACACCCUUCCUGGUGGCCCACACCCGGGCCAGGCCACCCAGUGUGGGGGAGCGAGCCCGACGUUCCACUCCCCCGUUGCCCUGGCCCUGGUCUCCGGCGGCGGCGCUGCGUCUGCUCCAGAGGCCUCCAGAGGAACCUGCCUCCUAUGUCGACUGUCACAGAGCCGCCCUCAAUAUCUCCUUCCAGGAGCUGGGCUGGGACCGGUGGAUUGUAUACCCGCCCAGUUUCAUCUUCCACUAUUGCCAUGGGGGAUGUGGGCUGUCUGCCCCACCGGACCUGUCCCUGCCAGGGCCCGGGGUUCCUCCCACCCCAGUCCAACCUCUUUCCUUGUUGCCAGGGGCACAGCCCUGCUGUGCUGCCCUCCCUGGGACCAUGAGGCCCCUACGUGUCCGUACCACCUCAGACGGCGGCUACUCUUUCAAGUAUGAGACGGUGCCCAACCUUCUCACACAACACUGUGGUUGUAUCUGACUCCGUCCUGCUGGUAGCUGAGCCCGCACCCAUCACCAGCUGGAAGAAAGGGCAGAGUUCAGAAAACGGAUGGUUCCCACUGCCCCCUCCUUCCGUCUCUCUCUGCCCCAGGGCUCC